AAGAAGGAACGUACAGGACCACAUAGUUUUGUCUGAUACCUGUGUGUGCUACGUAUCCAAUUUCUUCUCCGCAACUGCUACCACGUUACUACGACUAAUACUGUGACUUUUUUUGGUAAUAUUCAACCUUCAACGUUCAUUCAUUCCCUACAACUACCUCUUCUCAAGUCUCAAACUUACUUUCACUCACAAACAAAUUGAUUUUUCAUGGCAUCUGCAACCCGUGUGACUAACUGCGACCUCCGGCCACCAAAAGUAUCAUCGUCUCGUUCCCGCCCCAGAAAAGCCGUUCCUGUUCAAUUUUCCAUCCCCGAACCAGAAAGCGCUAACACAAACAUCGUACUACAGCCGCGGCUAUGCACUCUCAGAUCAUACGGUUCCGAUCCAGUCGGCGCCGUAAUCAAGACUCGUAAAGAAGAAGAAGACAUGCAAGUUACAGAUGACGUGUCCUCCUUCUUCGCCACUCUUUCCGAAUAUAUCGAGAGUUCUAAGAAAAGCCAGGAUUUCGAAAUCAUCUCCGGCCGCCUUGCCAUGAUGGUGUUUGCAGCUACAGUGACGGUGGAGUUGGUGACGGGGAAUUCUGUGUUCAGGAAAAUGGAUAUUGCAGGGAUAACGGAGGCGGGUGGGAUUUGUUUUGGUGCGGUUACUUUGGCGGCAAUGUUUGCUUGGUUCUCAAGUGCUCGUACCAGAGUGGAUCGAAUCUUCACAGUCAGCUACAACUCCUUCAUUGAUUUGCUAAUUGAUCAAAUCAUUGACGGUUUGUUCUAUGAUGAUAGCGAGGGUGAACUCUGAUUCAUCAUGGUUUGAUUUAUACAUAUCUAUACGUGUAUAUGUAUAUCUAGGCUAUAGUAUAUAGGAUAGAACAGAAAAAAUUAUCAUGUUGCUAGUAUAAACAUGAAUGAUCAUUUUGUAGAAUACUAAUAAUGAAUGAUACGCGAAUUUAAUAUUGAUUUUGGUGUUGCUCAAUCUCCUUUGAGCAUGUUCAUAGAUUGUAAGAUGGGUGGUUAGUGGCUAUAAUCAUAUUUUGAGUUCAAAGAAAUUUUCAUUAUUCAA